CCUCGGCGCCUGCGACGGAAACGGAAGAGGCGAGGCCCGCCGCGCGGAGCUCCUUUCGGAUCCAUAAUCCAUAGUUUCCUUCUCCCUGAGUCUGAGGGAAGCGGCGGUCGCUGAGAGGGGGCGGCGAUGUCCGCGGGCGCGGGAAAGACGGCGCGGCUCCCAGAGGACGACGGGCCGACGGCUGCGGAGGAGGUUUUGAUUCCCCCUCCUCUUCCCCUCCGCACGGAGCUGAGCCGGCUGGAGAUCGAGCGCUACGCGCGGCAGCUGGUGCUCCCGGAGGCCGGCGUGCGCGGGCAGCUGCUGCUCUCCGCCUGCUCGGUGCUGGUGGUGGGCUGCGGCGGGCUGGGCUGCCCGCUGGCGCAGUACCUGGCGGCGGCCGGCGUGGGCCGCUUGGGCCUGGUGGACCACGACGUGGUGGAGCUGAGCAACCUCCACAGGCAGGUCCUGCACCGCGAGAGCCGCCUGGGCCGCCCCAAAGCCCGCUCGGCGGCCGCCGCUCUGAGGGAGCUGAACUCCGCGGUGGAGGUCGUGCCUUACGAGCUGGCCCUCGGCCGGGACACGGCCCUGGAGCUGGUGCGGGCCUACGACCUCGUGGCCGACUGCUCCGACAACGUGCCCACCCCCUACCUGGUCAACGAUGCCUGCGUGCUGGCGGGGAGGCCCUUGGUGUCGGCCAGCGCCCUGCGGCUCGAGGGGCAGCUGGCGGUGUACGGCUACCGCGGGGGGCCUUGCUACCGCUGCCUCUUCCCCAAGCCCCCUCCCCCGGAGACCGUCACCAACUGCGCAGACGGCGGGGUCUUGGGGGUCGUGCCGGGCAUCCUGGGGUCGCUCCAGGCUCUGGAGGUGCUCAAGAUCGCCGCUGGGAUCGGGACCUCUCUCAGCCAGGCCAUGCUGGUCUUUGACGCCUUGGAAGGCGGCUUUCGGCGCAUCAAGCUGAGGCCCAGGAACCCAAAUUGCGCAGUUUGUGGUGACAACCCGUCUGUGACCGCCCUACAGGAUUAUGAACUCUUCUGUGGGUCUUCCGCGACUGACAAGUGUCGGUCCUUAUGCCUCUUGAGGAAUGACGAGCGGGUGUCUGUGGACGAGUACAAAACGAUACUGGACAGCGAGGUCCCUCAUGUAUUGGUAGAUGUCCGUCCCCCAGUGGAGGUGGACAUAUGUAGUUUGCCGCAGGCUAUCUUUGUGCCUUUGAACAAGUUGCAAGCAAAAGAUGAAGGCUCUCUGAGAUUGCUUGGCCAAAGGAUAUGUGAAGCAAGGCAGAUGUCAAAUGAAAAUAAAGCUUUCCCAGUUUAUGUUGUCUGCAAAUUAGGAAACGACUCUCAGAAGGCAGUGAAAAUAUUGCAGGGAUUGUCUUAUCCCGGGCUAGGUUUAAUUUCUGUUAAGGACAUCAGAGGGGGGCUUAUGGCUUGGGCUACCAAGAUCAAUCCUGAAUUUCCUCAAUAUUGAUUUUUAUAUAGUGAUAUUCUUUUUAGAGCUUGAAGUUGCACUGAUCAUUGUCCUUGUAAAGAAGAUUUUUUUAAAGAACCUCUUUAAUAGGUCUACAGUAGCGUAUUCAAAUAUCCACAGUUUAUCUUCACUCACUUUUUAAAAAAAA